AUGCCCAAAUUUACCACAAUCUCACAGCUAGAGAAAUUGAUUCUUAGAUGCGUUCGACUAAGAAAAAUUGACAAGUCCAUCAGCAAUCUUCAACAUCUUGAUUACCUAGAGAUAAAGAGUAAAGCUAUUGAGUCGCCACCGGAGUCCAUCCGUGGUCUAAAAUCUUUGACAGUGCUAAGAAUAGAUCGGACACCCUCAAUGAAGCCUCACUCGAUUGGCAAUUUAGCAAAGGUGAAGUCUCUAAUCUUGCCAUGCAAGGAACUUCAAAAGCUUCCCGACUCUAUCGGACAAUUGGACUCAUUACUUGAGCUAGAUGUUCGAUAUCUAAAAAUCAGUGAACUACCUCAUUCUAUUGGAAAUCUUCAAAGGUUGAAAGUUUUAUGCAUUCGGAAUUCCUAUCUAGAAAAGCUACCGGACUCGAUUAGGAGGUUGCAAUCAUUGGUCGAGUUGGAUUUGAGCCAUUCAAGAACCGAGAGUCUACCUGAUUGUAUUGGAAAUCUCAAAAAGUUGAAGGUACUAAAUCUCAAUCAGAGUUGCAUAAGUGAACUUCCGAAAACCAUAGGAAUGUUGGAAAAUCUGGAAAAGUUAUAUGCCUGCUCUGAACAACUGGGGGAAAUUCCAAGUGAAAUCGGGGCACUAUCCUCAUUGAAUAAUCUAGACUUAUCCAGGGGUCGCUUUAGUGGAUUGCCCACAACGAUCAAUCAGCUUACAAAUCUCCGAACACUUUGGUUACUAUUGUGUGAUUCAAUCCAACAGUUGCCGGAGCUCCCCAAGAGUCUAAAAUUUCUAACCCUUACAUCAAAUUCACUGACCACGAUCCCCGACUGCUCAAACCUAACCAAUUUAGUUAACCUUCAAAUAACUGGAUAUUCAAUUGAAGAACCCAACACAGAGGGGAUCGUGAGACUACCUGCUCUAAAACGAAUGACCCUCCGCAUUGGAAAAAUGGCCUUGCCUCCAACCGAUUUCAGUUCCCUCUCUCAGCUACAAAGCCUUGACAUAAAUUAUGCUGAGCCCCAAUCUCUUAUCGGGCUCCCAUCCAGCCUUGAAGAUUUGUGGUUAAGGGAUGUCCAGUCACCGAUAGAUUGGUCAGUCUUUUCCAACUUGGAGAAUUUGUUGAAGCUGUCUAUUUGUGGAUAUUCACUGAGCGAGAUUCGAUUCAAGGUGCUUGGAGAGCUACGAAAAUUCAAUGGAUUGCGGAUGGUUGACUGUCCAUUGCUCAAGACGUUGCCCGUUCUGCCUUGUUUGAAGCAGAUCCAGCUGGGUCGAUUGCCUAUGCUAAUUGAGAUUCAAGGUUUGGGAGAAUUGAAAUCAUUGCAGGAUUUGGAUAUUUGGGGAUGCAAUUCCAUCAAAAGCUUAAAUGAAUCUGAUCUUUCUAAUCUACAAAAUCUGAAAACUUUGGGGUUCCGUCGAUGUGAAUCAUUGGAGAGGGUGCUGGGUGUGCCAAAAUCUUGUCAACUCGAGGUGGAUGAUUGCCCGAGGUUCAAUAGAGAUGGAUAA